UCUGGGCUUGCUUGUUUAGCGAUACGUUCACGGGUGCAUGUGGGUACGUGAGUACGGAAGCGCGCGCCCGUCGUUCGUACCCGUACGGCCGCCGGGUCGGCGUUCUUGUGCGGUUUUUAUGUCCGGCGAUGGGCGUGAGGGAGCGAAUGCGGAGACCCUUCUCCCGGAUUUUUAUGCAUUCCUCCGUCUUCUUUCCGUGAAGGGGUCGUGUUUUAUGUUUCUUUGCUUGAGAUUUUUAUUCGGAGUAUUGCAUGCCGAUGGUGAUGAUGAUCUUGCGAACUGAGCAACCCAAGUUUCUGCAAGGGCCUCUGAUGUUGCGUCUCGAAUUUCUCCUCAUUCCUCCGCGUGGGACCGAAAUUGCGUAUUUUAAGGAAUGAGAGAAGAAGCUUGGACUCCUAGAUAGAAGCAAUCUGAAUCCAAAUCGCCCUGCUAGCGCUGGUCAACUGUUCCAUUAACAUCUGCAUUGUCGAUACCAUUCAACUCAAACAGGAAUGUAUACGUGACAUUUGAAAUAUGAUGGAAGAUACACAACUAAAUUUCAAUCAGCCAUUCCUUACAGUGAGGCGUUUCUCGUCCACAGUAGCCUCUGUAGAGGGCCGGGACAAAAGGAGAACUGAUAAGUCACUGCCUACAAUACCUCCUCUUCCUCCUUACAAAUCAGAGCUAAAAUCAGGUCCGAUAAGGAAUCCAGGAACUGUUCCGUUUGUGUGGGAACAGUGUCCAGGAAGACCUAAGAAUGAAUCCCUAUCGCGGAGUCAGACUCCUCAAUGCCCUCCUGCUGCCCCAAAGCUUCCACCAGGGAGGAUUGCAAGAGUUAAGCAGCAUGAUUCUGAAAAAACCUCCGAUGGUGCAAUGGGUGUGCAAUCUCAAAUGAGAAAUAUGGUUUUCAAUUAUGAAAAUGCACAAUCAAAUGAUGAAGGUGUUAAAAAAAAAGACACCACAGAGGAAAAAGGGACUGCUGGAUCAGAUUAUGGUGAUGAAGCCUACUUAGAUGCAUUGGAUACAUUUUCACGAUCUGAGUCAUUCUUCUUGAACUGCAGUGUCAGUGGUUUGAGUGGAGUUGAUGGUUCAGAUAUGAGACUAUCUGGACGGUUCUCUAGAGAUCCACCAGCCAGGGACUUCAUGAUGGGUCGUUUCUUGCCCGCAGCAAAGGCAAUGGCUUCAGAAGCACCUCUGCAUUUAGUCCGGAGGCAAUCUGUGGCACAAGAUCUACCAAGGCAUCCAGUGAAGAAGGCAGCAGUUGGGGUUGAGAACCGUCAGCUCGAGGUACUUAAACCAAUUGUUCUACCAAUGACCCAAGUCGGAGUUGGAGAAGAAAGUGAAGAUGAUGAUUACUAUGAAAGUGAAACCUCAACAACUAAAGGUUGUGGGUUAUUACCUCGGUUCUGUCUGUUAAAUCCAGUACCUGGUAUGAGGACGCAAACAGUGGGGCUUACUGUGCACAAAACUCAAGUUAAUUCUACAUAUGCAAAGUAUCAAGGUGAACCCCAUAGUAAGCACAAAGAAAAUGCUUCUGAUGAACAACGAUCAGUUGGUGGCUGCCUAAUAUCAGAGCUCCAUGAAAAUAAGUUUGAUCUGAAAAGCACACAGAGCCGAAGUAAAUGCAACAAGAAAUUAGAGGGGUCAUCAUUAUAUGGACGUUUACAAGGCAAUGGAAAAUUUGAGCACCAUAACAGAUUUUCUAAAUCAGUUGUUCAAGGACAGGGAAGAUCAGUUAGUCCUCAUGAGAAUGUCAAGAAUUCCAAGGUUAAGGCCUCCAAUCCCGAAGAAAAGCGAUUUGUCAAUCUCCGAGAAUUAUUAGCUAGUGAGCGUGCGGAAUGUGGGGCCGGUAAUACGAGCCCUGUGGUUGAGAAAACUGUAUACGUUGAUACAGUGCAGGCUGUAAAAUCUCAAGGUUCUACAAAUCCCUCAGAUGAGAAGGAGCUAUCUUAUUCUGAGGGGGAUGUUCUCAAGAUCAAGGCUACUAGUAAAAAAGUUAAUGAAGCUCUUUUAAUGGACUCUUCUUCUGUGGAUAUUGGAAACAUCGAGCACCUGGAGAAAAAGAAAAUAUCUGAAUCUGAAGGUUUGCAUUCCACACACUCCCCCUUACUCUCUUCUUCUGACAGAUUGAAUGAGGAUAUAGAUGUUGACUUGUCUAGACACGAUCAAACUCCUACUCAAGCGGGCAUGAAGGAGACCAGCUCAAAAGUAGGCAGAGAUGGUAAAAUUGACUUAGAAAGGGAGGCACUUAUGAGAUUAGGUGAUCAGCAGAAUCCUUCCAGUGCCUGUUCACCCUUCCCUCUUCCCCCUCCCUUACCAAAAUCUCCGUCAGACUCAUGGUUAUUGCGAGCGUUGCCCUCCGUUGCCUCCAAGAGGCCAUCUUCACGAUCUCCUCUUGGUGUAGAUGCUGUAAAUGGGAACCGUGCUUUAGAUUUAGCUCUUGUUGAUCCCAAGUGGGAAACAAUCGUCAAAUCUUCCAAUGUGCACCACGGGCAUCUGCGGUUCUCUGAGGAACUACUGCCGCCAAUCCCAGAAGCCUGAAGAGAGCUGAUCCAAUUUUGAAGGAUGUGGAAUUGCACAUUCAUGGCAUGAUCUGAACACUUUCUCUUUUUCACUUUUUCCCAAAGUUCUUCUGUCUCAAGAAAAGGUAAAAAGACUUCCAUUCCGCCUCUUCGUUGUUGGUUCUCUGCUACGCCUACUCUGCUCAGCAUAUCGAGAGGAAUUGUAAAUAGAAUUACCCUCUUCUUACAAUAAAACUACGAAAUGCAUUGCAUUGUCUUUCUGUAAAGAUCAUUCUUUCUGUAUACCAAUUUGUGACAUCAUCACGUUUUUUCUUGUAAAGAGGAUUGCAAUCACUGUUCUCUGGUUGUAAUAAACGGAUGAUUUCACUACUUUUAUGUACUUGUAUGUCGUUAAUCAGCAAGGGAAGUUCUUCAUAUCAA